AUGUCCCGCCGUGGUGUUGGGCUCGGCGCCUUUGUAAACCGAAACCAGACCACCCAAUCCUAUGCCACCCAUGGCGCCAACCUCCGUUCUACGCAUCUUGCCUCCCUCCAGACCCAGCUCUCCGUCUUCCAGUCGUUGUUACACACCUUUGCCUUGGAGCACAGUUCUACAAUCAAGUCCAAUCCUACAUUCCGAGCCGAGUUUGCGCGCAUGUGUAAUACCAUCGGGGUCGACCCCUUGGCUGCAAGCAACAUCAAAGGCAAGAAUGGCCGCCGUGGACUAGGGGAAGGAGGCAGCUUCUGGACCCAAAUCCUGGGCGGGGAUAUGAAUGACUUCUAUUUUGAGGUUGCGGUCCGGGUUGUGGAACUGUGUCGAGAGACAAGAAGUGAGAAUGGAGGGCUGAUUGGCGUCGAAGAAUGUCGGAAGCGCGUCGGCAAGGGCAAAGCAAUUGGUAGUGGACUGGAGGUUUCGGCUGAUGACAUCCUUCGUGCGGUUCGAUCUCUGGAGCCUCUUGGGUCUGGAUUCUCCAUCGUCCAUGUUGGGUCCAAACAGUACAUUCGAUCCAUUCCAAAGGAGCUCAACACAGACCAAGCUACCGUUCUCGAAGUAAUCCAGGUUUUGGGAUUCGUGAGCGUCUCGAUGUUACGACUUAAUCUCAAUUGGGAAAAGGCUCGAGCUCAAACAGUGAUUGAUGAUCUGGUCGCGGAUGGCCUUGUUUGGCUGGAUGCUCAGGGUCCAGAGAAAGAGUACUGGUCGCCUCAGAAUCUACUUGAUGAUAGUGGGUGA